AUGUUCUCGAGGAUAUCCAAGAGAUGCAUAUCAAUCUCCCUAAACAGUGAGGUGAAGCUCCCCUUCAUCCCGCUAGUCAGCGAGACUGGCUUUCCUGGAGCUAUUGGAAACACGCCGCUACUCAGGUUACCCAGGAUCUCCGACUCCGUGGGAAGAAACAUCUAUGCCAAAGCCGAGUUCAUGAACCCCGGAGGCUCGAUCAAGGACAGAGCGGCGCUAUACGUGAUCAAGGAUGCAGAAGAGAAAGGGUUGAUCAAGCCAGGCGGCACCGUGGUAGAAGGAACCGCGGGAAACACCGGGAUAGGACUUGCACACGUUUGCCGGGCAAAAGGUUACAAGUGUGUCAUAUACAUGCCCAACACCCAGUCCAAGAGCAAGAUCGAGACAUUGAGGCUAUUGGGAGCAGAAGUGCACCCGGUUCCUGCAGUUGCAUUCACCGACCCGCAAAACUACAACCACCAGGCCAAGAGACACGCGGAAAGCUUGGACAACGCCGUGUGGACCAACCAGUUCGACAAUGUCGCCAACAGACAAGCACACAUCGAGACCACGGGCCCGGAGAUCUGGGCCCAGCUCGACGGAAACGUCGACGCAUUCACCUGUUCCACCGGCACCGGAGGAACGUUUGCGGGCGUCACGCGCUACUUGAAAGAAAUCAGCAAUGGCAAAGUCCGGGCCGUGCUUGCCGACCCGCCAGGGUCGGUGCUCUACUCCUACAUCAAGUCCAACGGAAAAGAGAUGCAGAGAGGAGGCUCUUCCUUCACCGAGGGCAUUGGCCAAGGCAGAGUCACAGACAACUUGAAGCCCGACAUUGCCUUGGUCGACGACGCCUUGAAGAUCCCCGACGAGGCCUCCAUCGCCAUGGUCUACAGGCUCUUGGACGAAGAAGGGCUCUACUUGGGCGGCACUGGAGCCCUCAACGUGGCCGCGGCGGUCGAAGUGGCAAAGUCCUUGCCCGAAGGAAGCAACGUCGUCACGAUAUUGGCCGACUCUGCCCACAAGUACAGCGACCGGAUCUUCUCCAAGUCGUGGCUAGAGGGCAAGGGGCUAUACGACUGCAUCCCAGACCAUUUGAAGAAGUACGCCUUGUUAGAAUAG